UCAUCACAUUCACAUGACAUUCCUUUCUUACUGCUCAGUGUAGAAGAAAACCAGUGUCUUUCCCUUUUAACUGAACGAACGAUAGGUUAAAGCCUUUUGUUAAUUGUGUGUUUGACAGGCCGUCGUUGAUCCAGUGCAGAAGUGUUUGGGGCAUAGGACAUUAUUAUGUAUUAUGUACUAAUACAUUUUGUUUAAAAGUGAAAGUGAAAGGUUACAGACCGGAAUGUGUAAACGAGCCCUACUUGCCACUGAUGAUUAGCCUGCUGUUGUCACACACGGAAGAGCACACAUUCAUAGCAAUUAUAUAAUUAUAUACAUAAGCUCUUAUAGUUCUUGCCUCUCUAUUGAAUUUACAUAACUUGCGUUAUCAUACAGACUUGGUAUUUGCAGAGAAUACAAAGGAAAAUCGGGGAAAAAAAAUGGGAGGAUCACAAUCAACACAAGAAACAGAUUUCGAAUAUGGCAAAGCAUGGAGGGACACUCCCUGGGGAGAGAAAGGUCAUUUGGAGAAAACACUGAAAGACUUUGGGCUGUGCGAUCCAAAUAUUAAGCAUGCAAGGAUCCUAGUAGUUGGAGAAAUUGGAGCAGGAAAGUCCAGCUUCAUCAACUCAGUCAAUAGUGUUUUCCAAGGAAGAAUCACAAAUGAAGCCCUUGUUAACAAAACAACUGACACUAGCAGAACCUUCACAAAAUUAUACAAAACCUAUUACAUAAGAAAUGGACAAUCUCUUAUGCCUUUUGUCUUAACUGACACCAUGGGCAUAGAGUCUGAAAAUUUACAUGGCAUACAUCAAGAGGACAUUGUGAAAGCCAUGGAGGGCUGCAUAAAGGAAAGAUACAAAUUCAAUCCAGAAUCUCCAAUUACUCCUCAAGAUAACAGCUACAGAAGUAAUCCAAGCCUUCAGGAUCAGACAUACUGCCUUGUCUUUGUCAUUGCAGCUGACAAAAUCUCAAUGGCAGCUGAUGAUAAUAUCUAUAAGAAAGUGAAACAUAUUAAGAGUAAGGCAGAUGAACUAGAAAUUCCUCAGGUAAUGAUCCUGACCAGGCCGGAUGAAGCAUGUCCACUGGUAAAACAAAACAUAAGGAAAGUCUACACUAGCAAGAAGAUAAAAGAGAAGUUGGAGGAGUGCUCUGCACAUACAGGCAUCUCGGUGAGUCACAUCUUCCCUGUGAAGUGCUACCAUGAGGAAAUUGAUACACAAGAUGACAUGGAUGUACUGAUUCUGAGGGCAUUUAAACAUAUUGUGCAUAUGGCAAAUGAUGCAUUGAGAUUGAAGUGCAAUGAAAAAGAAAAUUCUGAAUGAAGUCUGUCAGAUUUUAGAGAGGUUGCACCUUAAUCCUGCACAUUCUGUUAAAUCAGGACACAUUCAUUGACACAUUUAUUAAAGCCACAAUGAAACAGAUAUAGAGGAAAAUCUUUUCUUAUGUAUUGUAGUUGUAAAGCAUUACAAUGAAAAAAUGUAGGGUGUGGGGACUUGAUUUUAUCAGUUGUUGAUUGGUUGUUGAGAUGUGGGUGUUGCACUCGAAAGUGGAGGUAGAUGAGCAUGAGCUUGCAGGAGAGGGGUUAAGUGUAUUAGAUGAUUGGAGAAGUCCGUUAUAUAUCAAUACAUCAGCAAUGAAGGUAAUUUCCCCCAAAGAUAUUCAGUUAUAACAUUUUUAAUUAAACAUUAGACAGUUAAAAAAAGAGACAGAAACAAUUGUUCACAAUAAGAUCUAUAACAGAUAAUUAUAUAAAAGAUUAUUUGCAAUUGCUCUUUUUCUUUUUGUGAAUGUCUUGUAUUUUUGUCAUGUAUGUGCUUUCAGAUGUUUUGCACACAUGUAUAACUGCAUAUAUUCUAUAGUUUGUAAAUUACAAACAUGAAUGGUAUGCUAAGUGAUUUGUUGUGGAUAUUCAUGUAUGUGCUACAGAAUUAUUGGAACAAUUUAUUGGCACAAUUAGCCUAUUGUGAUUAAACAUUUUUAAUCACAUAAACGUUACAUAUGAAUGUAUAUUGAUUAUAACCUUGACACCAAUAUUACUGUAAGACGUGUUAUAAACAUAUGUCUGUAUGCAAUGUAGCUUUAAUUAUGUAUUUUCUUAUAAUGCUUUUGAGAUUUUCGUAAUAAAAUAUCCAAUAACCACU